AUGACGCACACCCCCGCCAUUCCCGACGCCGCCGGCGCGCGGUUCGACCUCUCCGACGACGCCGUCAUGGCCUACAUCGCCGGCGCCGCACAGCGCAAGUGCACGCUGUGCCUAGAGGAGCUCAAGGACCCGUCGGCGACGCAGUGCGGCCACGUCUUUUGCUGGGCCUGCAUCGGCGACUGGGUGCGUGAGAAGCCCGAGUGCCCGCUCUGCAGGAGGGAGGCGAUGGUGCAGCAUAUCCUGCCGCUGCGGGCUGCGUGA